CCGCUGGCGGACAAACACGAAGGAGUCACGUGACACUCCUCGAACUCUGGCUGUCAUCUCUCCAGGUCCAGGUCCAAGUGCCGCUCGUCUGUGAGAACAGGACAAACAUGGAGAUCAGUUUCGCGGGUAAACGCGCUCUCGUCACUGGAGCUGGAAAAGGGAUUGGCAGGGCCACAGCUCUGGCUCUGGCACGCUGUGGGGCAGAGGUCACGGCGGUCUCGCGCACACAGGCUGACUUGGACACUCUAAUGCAGGAGUGUGCAUCCAUCACUCCGGUGUGUGUGGACCUGGCAGACUGGAGCGCCACGGAGGCAGCCCUGCAGGACAUCGGCCCCAUCGAUCUGCUGGUGAAUAACGCCGCCUAUGCCAACCUACAGCCAUUUCUGGAGGUCACACCUGACCAGUUUGACCGGUCAUUCAGUGUGAAUGUGAAAGCUGUGCUGCAUGUGUCCCAGAUAGUGGCUCGUGGUAUGAAGGCCAGAGGAUCAGGAGGCUCCAUUGUCAACUUGUCCAGCCAGGCCUCGAAGUGUGCCCUCAGAGACUAUGCUGUGUACUGUGCCACUAAAGGAGCCGUGGACAUGCUGACUAAAGUGAUGGCUUUAGAGCUCGGACCCCACAAGAUCCGUGUGAACAGUGUGAACCCCACAGUGGUGAUGACUAAGAUGGGUCGUCUGGGCUGGAGCGACCCCGAAAAAGCCAAGGCCAUGAUGUCCCGCAUCCCCCUAGGCCGCUUUGCAGAGGUGGAGGAUGUGGUGAACAGUAUUAUUUUCAUGCUGAGUGAUAAGAGCAACAUGACUAACGGAGUCACUCUGCCGGUGGACGGGGGCUUCCUGGCAUGCUGACCAACAUGAGACACCCCAACACGCUCGGAGCACAAACAAGAACAAUCUGUACGGUGUCAGCAUGGUGAAUAAAAAGAGUCAAGUCAA